ACACCCUUUCUUCCUUGAGCCUUGCCUUUUAGUGGGGAGACAAUAAACAAGAUAAAAAGUAAAAUAUAUACUAUGUCUAAUAAUGAUGUGUUAAGGAGAAAAAAAAAAGCAGGAAAGGUGGACAUGAAGUGUGGAUAAAGGGGUAAAAUUUGAGAUAGGGUAGCCAGGGGAGAAAUUUUUGGUAGUGUUGCUGUUGUUAGCUGCCAUCAAGUCAGCCCAGACUCAUCACAACCCCUGACCAUUGAGCUCUAUGGAGUUUUCAUCGGCUAAUCUUUAGAAGUAGAUCACCAGGCCUUUCCUCCUAGUCCGACAUAGUCUGGACUGAAUCCUGUUCAACAUCAUAGCAACACACAAGCCUGCACUGACAGCUGGGUGGUUGCACCAUGAGGUGCACUGGCCAGCAAUCCAACGCAGGUCCUCAGCAUGGAAGGAGAGAAUUCUUAGGUAGGGUAGCCAGGGAAAGAAGCCGGGAAUUGCACCUUGAGACCAUCUGGGGGAAAUGCAUUCCAGGAGGCCAGUGUGAUCCCGGUAGAAAUGAAGGAAGUGUAAGCUGAGUAACAAAGGAAAUGAGGCCAGGGAGGGUAAGGGAGUCAGAUUGUGGAGGACCAUGUUGGUCAAGGUAAGAACUUUGGCUCUGAUGAAGUGUGAGAUGGCAGCCAUUGGAGGAUUUGCACAGAGGAGUACUAUGAUCGUUGCUACAAGAGGAACCCUGGACUGCUGGGUCCUUGAUGGCCAAGAAAAAGAACAGUGAGGAGCCUACUGCAAUAAUCUAGGCAAGAGUUGGUGGCUCCAGAAGAUGAGAGGAGGAGCAGGUCUGAGGUUGGAAGAUAAAAUUUCGGAUUUGGACAGUUACGUUGGAGAAGUAGGCAACUGGAUGUAGAAGUCUGCAGUUCAGGGGAAGGUCUAGGCUGAGGAACUCGACAUAUUAGCAGUAAUCGAAUCAUGGAGAUAAAGCCACGGCUCUACCACUUCCUAGUAGCACUCUUGAUUAAACCAAUUCCUGGUUCUGGGCCUCAGUUUCUCUACCAGUAAAGUGGGGAAAAUAUUUCCAGAUAACAGGGCGUUCGUGAGAAAGAAAUGCGAGUGCUAAAGGCUGACCGUAGGCAAGAUGAGGACCCAGAGCCACGGGUCGCACGUGCCCUUCCCGUAGAGAGAGGCUGCUGUGGCCCCGGACACCGGCUUGCCUACCGACAACCAAUGCUCCCAGGUUCCAGUAGCAGCAUAGAAUAAAGGUGCCACACUGGGCGCCGCGACGCGGUCUGCAGCGCCCAAACCUCGCGAGAUUUGUUGGCCGGGCAUAGUGGCCCUAGACCCACAUCUCGCGAGACCAAGGCGCGUGAGUGGCUCUCGGCCGGUUUGGGCUUGCGGGAAAGAUGGAACAUCCCACGUUGGGCACCGCGGAGGCCGCGGACGGCGGAGGGGCCGGGCCGUACAACAGCUCGGAGGAGCGGGAGGGCCGGGAACCGGACGGGGCGCGCCGCCUGUGGGAAGCGGUGUCCGGGGCCCAACCUGCGGGGAGGGAGGAAGUGGAGCACAUGAUCCAGAAGAACCAGUGUCUCUUCACCAACACCCAGUGUAAGGUUUGCUGCGCCUUGCUCAUAUCCGAGUCCCAGAAGCUGGCACAUUACCAGAGCAAAAAACAUGCCAACAAAGUGAAGAGAUACCUAGCAAUCCAUGGAAUGGAGACAUUAAAGGGGGAAACGAAGAAGCUAGACUCAGAUCAGAAGAGCAGCAGAAGCAAAGACAAGAACCAGUGCUGCCCCAUCUGUAACAUGACCUUUUCUUCCCCUGUCGUGGCCCAGUCACACUACCUGGGGAAGACCCACGCAAAGAACUUAAAGCUGAAGCAGCAAUCCACUAAGGUGGAAGCCUUGCACCAGAACAGAGACAUGAUAGACCCAGACAAGUUCUGCAGCCUCUGCCACGCGACUUUCAACGACCCUGUCAUGGCUCAACAACAUUAUGUGGGCAAGAAACACAGGAAACAGGAGACCAAGCUCAAACUCAUGGCACACUAUGGGCGGCUGGCGGACCCAGCUGUCACUGACUCAUCAGCUGGGAAGGGCUACCCCUGCAAGACUUGUAAGAUAGUGCUGAACUCCAUAGAGCAGUACCAAGCUCAUGUCAGCGGCUUCAAGCACAAGAACCAGUCACCAAAAGUAAUGGCAUCAGCCCUGGGCCAGAUUCCAAUGCAAGGGCAACCCAUUCAGAAAGACUCCACCACCUUGGAAGACUAGCAGUGUUUCUGCUCAGCACCCCCAGUCGGACCAGCCCUGAGCCAGUGUCCCCUGACUGGUCAGCUGUUGGCUCCCUCUUACUCCUUUCUUAGACCAGAGAGUACAUGUGCCUAAGGCAGGAUUGAGCCACAGGCAGCCUUUGAUUGGUCCAGGCAAUUACAGUCAUCCACUCCAGUUUGCCGCCACUCCUGUUCCUCCAUUUGGUGCAAGCCACUGUAGAUCCGGACAGGAGGGAUGGGUUUUGAGAGGACUUGGAGUUUCAGCGGGUGGUUCCUACCUUCUCCCUUAGCCCCUCUGGGCCAUGUGUUCCAAGACCUCAGGGCCUAUCUUUACUCUAAAGGUCAGUUUUGGACCAAUCUCUGCAGCUGAAGACCUAAGCUCUCCAUGGACUCCAGGCAUCUCCAGGGAAACCUACAGCAUUCGUGCCAGACUUCGGCCAGAACAGGAAAUGCCAGAUGGAAGUGGCUGCUACUUGGGAGCUUGGAACUGAUGUAACACUCCUCCUUCCCCCAAAAAAGGUAGGCUCUCCUGAGCCUGAAACCAGAUGCUGACAGGUUGCACAGGUUUCUAGCCACUGUGCAAUCUUCUUCUGGAGCAGUGACACACUCCUGGCAGAGCACUGCUGUCUCUCCUGUCUCUUCUCCACAGUUCCUGAAUGGUGCUAAGGAGUUGCAGCAGCUGGGGGCAGGCUGGAGCCAGAGGAGGCCUCAGUACCAGUAAGCUUGUGUGAUAGCCCGAUGGGGACCUUACCCUGUCCCAUCAGAGGCACUCUGACCCAGGGUCAUGUGGGAAAGUACCCUACAUGUAAAUUUCUAUGACAGUUCUUUGCCCUUAAGGCAAACUGCCUCAUGCCAGCCAGCCCAGAGGUUCAUUGCUGCCCUUCAGCCCCGCUGGCCCUCUCCUUCCCAUGUGCAGCAAAACCCCCUCCCCAGGGGCUGUGGUGCUAGCCUUUCCCCAUCACCCACCAGGGGAUUUCUGGGUAGCAGUGAGGCUGAUGGGGCCCCCACGGAAAGGAAUAGAGAGCGGAUGCAGAUUUCUGCAAUGAGGAAACAUGUUCUCAGGCCCCAAGCCCAGAUUUCUUCAACUUUGCUGUGUUUGAUGGCUCGGUACUUUGCUGGAAAUGGAUUUCUCCUUUUUGCAUUCAAACAAGAAUUCUAGGGAGUGUGCCAUUGAAGGCCCCGCUUCAUAGGGUCAAAAAGCCCCUAGCUGCUCUGGUAGCCUUCUCCCUCACUGCCUGUUCUUUUGCCUGUGAAAUGCCUUCGCAUAUUGCGUGUGGGUGUGUGUGCGUGUGCUUGUGCUCUGCCUCUUGGUCACCGAAGCAUCCAAAUAAAGAAUUUCUCCCAUGAGCCAGCCUGCAACUUAAUAGACCUGGGAUUUGGGGCCAUACUGCCAUUGGAUCUACUGUGUCUGUCUUGACCUGCCACCCCCCAAGACUCAGACUCCCAGGGCCUUCAGGACUGGGCUUGGGAGUUGGGACAGAGACAGAUAUCCAGAAGACUGCUGGGUGCCCCAGACUCCACAAAACUUUAUCCACUCAAAGCCUCAAGGACACCUUAGGAGGAGUUAAGCCAGGGAUCAGCUUUCUGUUUUGAAAGGAUCACCGCUGUGUGGAGAAGGAAUGCAGGGGGGCAGGAAAGGAGUUAAGGAGACUGGUGUAGAAGCUGUGUCCUAUAUGGCUCUUUCCAGGCUAAUGACCCAGCCUCACUCAUCUGCACCCCAGUGCCCAGAGUAGGGUGUCAUGGAGUGUUUGCUGAAUGAAUACAUGAGCAGAAGUGGCCUUUUCUUGCUUUUCUCCUACUCAGAGGUUUGUUCCGUGGGACUUACCAUAGGCCUGGUGGUUCUUAGAAGAGCCUUUUCCAUGGCCCAGAAAUGUGCUGGGAAAGGAGUGAACAUGGUAGCCUUGGGGGCGCUCUUUGUCAGCCUUUAUUGCAGACACCCAGAUCAGAGACAGGUGCCCAGGCAGCCUCAGCUCCGAUUUUCCACUCAGCACACUGCCUAAGCACCCACUCUGUGCCAACUGGGAAGGGACCCACAUGGUCUUUGGUUCUCAGCCUCUCAAGCUCAGACUGCCUCAGCCAUUCCCCCAGGAUCCCUCUACCCUACCCAGGAUGUCAGAAUUGGCCCCAUCUUCCAUGCAAGGAAAUGAAGGGCAGAGGGGCAAGUGGGCACUAGACCAUGAGCCCUUGGCCAGUAGAACCUCUUGGUCUAGAGUCAGGAAUCCUUGCCAGCUAUGUGCCCAGCCAGUUCUGAGUGUGGCGAGGCAGAGACGAAUACUGUCUUGCCCUUGAGAGCUCAUACACAAUUGAAGAUCACUAUGAGAGUGUCAGAUGCAGGCACUAAUUUGGCCAAGGGUAUGAAAUAAGUUGAGAAACUAGCAUUUCAACACUAUUAUCUCAUUGGAUGUGCAUGUCAGCCUUUGAGCUAGGUGAUGAUAUUCCUAUUUUAUAGAGAAAUAUAUAAGUUCAAGAAGUACAGUGAUUUGCCCAAGGUCUCUCCACGAAGAAGUGAUAGACUGGAGAAUGGAGUUGGUUCUCUACACUCCUAAACCAGAGCCCUUUCCAAAAAAGGCCCAGAGACCUUCUCAUGUGACCCCUGAGGCCUGCCCUCACCCGUCUCUAGGCAGGGCCAUGGCCUCAGAGCCAUAAGCCACUCAGGGCAGGAAUAGCAGCAGCACCCACCAGACAGAUGGGAUGAAGCUCGAUGUUUAUUUUUUACUCCAGGCCUCCUCCCGUAGCGCUCAUAGUUGUACCCAAGAUUCCCAGUGUUGUAUAUUCCAGUUAUAACUGUAAGAAGCCUAACUCAAAGUGGUUAACUAAAAAGGGGAAUUUAUUGAUUUACAUUAUGGAAACUCUAAGUUCAGGAAUAACUUCCUCUAGUUUGCUUUCCUCUGUGUGGCCUCUUUUUCAGACAGGCUCUCUCCAAGAGAUGGCAAGAUGGCCACUGGCAGCUCCAGGCUUCCUAAUAGAUUUGCAGCCACAGUGGGAAGAACAUCUUUUUCUGCUAAUUCCAGCAAAAAUUCUGGGAUUGACUCACUGGCCAGCUUGGUCCUGUUCCCAUCCCUCUACCAGUCAUGCUGGCGAGGGGGAAGUGGUGCUCUGAUUUGGGGCCUGGGUCAUCUACUCCACUCCUAAAGCCAGGAAGGAGUCAGCUCCACCUAAAACACAUUGAGAAAAAGGAAGAGUUGCAUCCCCAAAAGAAGGAAAUUGGGGGGCUCAUACCAAAUUUGGGGCAGUGGAUGCUGUGGGCAAAAACAAC